GCGCCUGGUAUAACUGUGACCUUGAACCCUGAAAACUCGAGGUAUUUUCUGGUAAUGUUGAUCCUUGUCUUAUUUCAUCUCUGCAUCGUUUUUGCCUUGUAGACUGUUUGUCCUAGAUCACAAGCCUAACUGGGUUGUCUGUUGAUCGAAUAACUUUCGACUGCGUACGACACGACCAUAUAUAAUUAUUUUGGACACAUUGUUUGAAAAACGAAUAUUUGAACCAACUUACAAUGGACGAUUCUAGCAAACUGGGUGAAUCUAUUGCAAGUGGUGACACAGCCGCCUUGUUUAAGAACAUCAGAGAUUUAGAAUAUAAACUGGAAAAAAACCCUUUCGACUAUAAUGCACACGUACAGCUGAUUGAGUGCCUACGAGAGGCAGCCGAUUUCAAGAGACUGAAAAUUGCUCGCGAGCGCAUGUAUGAUACUUAUCCACUGACUCCAGCAAUAUGGCUUCAAUGGAUCGAGGAUGAGCUUAAAAACGCUUCUACACUUGAAGAAAAGCGACGAGUUGAAGUUCUUUUCAAACGGGCAAUCAAUGAUUAUGAAGAUGUCAAUGUAUGGUUAGAAUAUUGUCACUUUGCAAUCUCCACUUCAAAUUUUGCUUCUUCGACUAGUAUACAAGAAGCAGAAGCUAUUUUUGAAUCUGCUCUAUCACAUCAAGGACUUCACGUUGUCGGCGGUUCAAUGCUAUGGGAAAUAUAUCGUGAAUAUCUCAUGGUAGUUUGGUCUCAGCUACCACCAGAUAAUAAGGAAAUGAAACUAGAACAACUGAACAAAAUGGACCGUUUAUUUCGACGUCAGCUUAGCAUUCCACACUUGAAUAUGGAGCAGACACUAACUGAAUAUCAGAAUUUCCUAUCUGAUAUUGGUGUAGAAUUGUAUCAACCGAGAGAAAAUGCAGAUCCAUUUAUACCGGAAGAAAUCAAAACAGAAUAUGAAAAAGCUUUGAAACGUUUAGCUGUUAUUUUACCAUUUGAAGAAUCUGUAGAAGAAUCUGCUGAUAAAUCAGAAGCUGAAUCUCUUUCCAGUUGGAAUACGUAUAUUGAUUGGGCAAUUCAUUGUGCAAAGCGAAAAAAGCCAAAAACAUCCAAAAAUACUGAUAAUAAUAAUAAUAAUAAUAAUAAUAAUAAUAAUAAUAAUAAUAAUAAUAAUAAUAAUGAGAAUACUUCUACCAACUUUAUGAUAUCACCUAAUGAAUUGUGUUGCCUUUUCGAGCGUGCUAUUACUGCACAUGCUUUAGAUAUAUCUUUAUGGAUACGAUAUGCAGAUUAUGUGGAAUCUCAACUAGAAACAGAUGUUCUACGUUUGCAAAAAUUAUUAGCUCGAUCAGUUCGUAAUUGUCCAUGGUAUGUGGAACUAUGGCAACGUUAUGCAUUAGUCACUGAAAGUGUAAUUCUUGAAAAUUGCACAAUCAAAUCAAAUAGCAAUGGAGCCCAUCCAGAAUGUGUUUCCAAUGAGUCGGAUAUAUUUAAAGAAGUUGAUGGUAUAUAUGAAACAGCUAUAGCUGCAGGAUUCACUGAUCCAAAUGAUAUAUUGAAAAUUUGGCGUAGUUAUUGUGAUCAUCAUUUGCGUAGACUUUGUUCAUUAGAGAAGAAUUCAUUAUCUUGGGAAUAUCGACUAUCAUUACUUCGAGCAACAUUUAGUCGAGCUAUAGCAUAUUGUUUUGAAUUAAUGCAUUCUCAACAAUCAAAUGUCGAUUGGUCACUUUUAACUUAUUAUGCUUUUAUUGAAGCAAAGUAUAAUGAAGAUAAAGAACGUGCACGUUCUGUAUGGACAAAUUUAUUGAAAUUACCGGGACAUGGAAGUCAAGCGGUAUAUUGGAUACCUUAUAUUCAAUUUGAACAGAAUUGGGGUGAUACGAAACAUUUAUUACGAAUAUGUGCUAUGGCUAUUAAUUCAAUUAAUUUUGACCAAUCAGAAUUAAUAUUUCAAGUUGUUUUACGUGCAGUUGGUGAAACUGGCGUAUCUAUUAAACAAUAUCGUGAUAUUAUAACAAAAAUACAUGCACGUCGUGCUUCAUUAUUAGAAUCUGUUAAAGAUGUUCAAUCUGCAAAUACUUCAAAUACUCAGAUACCAGUUAAAUCAACAGAAAUCAAAUCGUCUGAAUCAAGAAAACGAAAACUACCUAAUCAACAAAAUGAAACUACCACAUCGAAACCAGCCAAAGUAUCAAAAUCGAAUCCUACUUCACAUGGAACAUUUGUUCCACAUGAUUCAUCUAAAAAUGAAUUUACCGUAUUUGUAAGUAAUCUGGAUUAUUCAGUCACUGAAGAACAAAUUCAGCAUACAUUUGAAAAGUGUGGAAAUGUCACAUCUGUUCGUCUUGUACGUGAUUAUGCUGGUCGAUCUAAAGGAUUUGCUUAUGUUGAAUUUGAAAAUAAAGAAUCUGUAAAAAUGGCACUUACAUUAGAUAGACAAGGAAUAAUUACACAUCAGACUGUAGAAAAUGAUGAAUCAGGUGAUACUGUUAGCCAAAAACAAAAUGACGCCGAGAAUGAGGAGGGGAAGCAGGAGGAGGAUUCACCAGCACCGAUUACUUAUAGUCGUCCAAUGUUUGUUUCAAUAUGUGAUCCAAGUCGACUUAAAGCCGGUGGAUUUAAAUAUACAGUUGGUAGAAAAGAACCUGAAAAAUUAUUUGUUCGUAAUUUAGAUAAAACUGUAAAAAGUGAAGACUUGGAAAAAUUAUUCAAACAAUAUGGAAAUAUUGUGAGUGUUCGUCUGGCAACAUAUCGUAACGGUGUACCGAAAGGUCAUGCCUACAUUGAAUUCACUAAUGCAGAUGAUGCCAGUAGAGCAUUAGUUGCUACAAAUGGCCUGGAAUUCAAAAAUAAAAUAUUGUCAGUAUCUAUUAGUGAACCACCUGUACGUGGUGGAACUAGUUCACAAAACAAUAGAUCCACUGCAGCAAUGGAAGACAAAAACGUAUUCAAAACACCUCAAACUAUUGGCUUGAAUAGUUCCCGUUCCGUCGGAGCUAGCGUGCGGAAAUCACGAACACAAUUGGAAUUCUUGCCACGUGCGGUUCAUCGAACACGUGAGAUUCAAGAUCAAGUGUCAGAAAAUACCGUGGAUAAUGAGACUCGUGACUCUGAAUCGCCCACUGUUACUGGUACUAAGGAUAAUGAAUAUUUCCGUAAACUAUUAAAAUGAUUUGAAAUGCUGCUUAAACUCUUUCCUUCCCUUGUAAAUUAAUAAAUAUCGUUUUAUAUAAUAAAAUAUGAUAAUUUCUUUAUUGGC